AUGGGGGACAUUCAAACUCGCCCGUUCUCUAAGAACUACAGCGGUCUUAUCAAUCAAUCUGUCAUUGGCAUUGGCAUCACGGUUCUAUGCGUUACUGGCCAGGAGCUUAUGAAGAGAAGGAGGAGAGGGAAAGUCCUCGAUGAGCGAUGCUUAGGUAGUCGGGAGUCUUGGGAAUUUGGCUAUUUAUACCAGGGAAGAUGUUGGGCCAGGUUCCCCUCCCCUCCAACCCCUAAGGGAUGGCCUUUGUCUUGGGUGAAACAGGCAAUCCAGUUUCCAGAAGACAAGCUGAACCAGCUUAGAGGCCUCGAUGCAACGUUGUACAUUCGGUUUCUGCGUGGAUGUUUUUGGUUUACCUUACUGCAUACGCUGACGACUUUUCCCAUUUUGUUUCCCAUACAUGUCGAAUUCUCCGGAGAUGAUGUACCUCCAAGAUCCAUGACUCGUGCAUCCAUAUCGUCUUUGGUGGGCACAGCAAAGGGCCUCUCUUUGCUAUGGAUUCACAUCUGCCUCUUAAUUUGGAUCACCCUUUCAUGGAUGGCGACUCUCUUCUGGAUAUGUACUGGAGCCUUUCGUCUACGCGCAGCGGGCAUUGAGGUAGCUGCGAGAAGAUUGGCCACGGCCGAUGAUCGUGAUGUGGAUGAUACUAAUUAUCAACAUCCUCAUCCUCAAUAUGGCUUUAUUGAUGUUCCCUCCUCCAAACACGAGCACCGAUCUACAGGACUCCGUCUACGAACUAUCAUGGUUUCUAACGUUCCGCAACAGCUGAGGAAUGAGAAAGAAUUGAAAGAGUACUUCGAGUUCUGGAUGUGCCGCAAGGUUGAAAAGCCCUCUAUGGGAUUGACUGCAUCUACCCAUCCCGGAUUUCUCAACAAGUCGCUUGCUUUUCUCUUCAAUCGCGCGAAAAGGCUCCCUGCCCAUCUUCCAGCUAAUCCUCUUUCCCUCCAUUCCGCGAAAGAGGGUAACCUCGAUGACGGGCACUUGUCAAGGAAAAGCACGUCUACCCCUGAAAAUAAUCUUCAAAUGCCCGACAUUGAGCGGGUCGUCGUUGUUCGCAAGAUGACCGAACUUGCCUCUCUUUUGGAGCGUCGGGAAGAAACUCUUCGCCUCCUCGAAACUGCUCACAUAAAGCUUGCAAACAAGACGCUUCUCGCCGUGAAGAUGGCAAUGGAGCGGAGAGCUAACAAUAGAUCUAUUCCCCAAAGUGUAUCUAAGAGGGCUGAGCUUGCUAGAAAGGAGCGAAAGUCCGUCGCAAUCGACGCGGAACUUGGAGGGCCGCAAGAAGGGACACUUGAUGAGGAGGAACGAAUGAACCAACUUCUUGAGGUUCUCGGACCAUAUGUGGAGGCUUUCGAUUUACAGCAUCCCUUGAGUCAUCGAUCCAAGAAAGCCAUACGUAGAACUUCAAGACGGGCCUUCCAUAUACUUCGGGCUCAAGGAUCAGAAGAAUCUGGGGACUCUGAUGCGUUUCGGCAGAACACGAAUCAAUUAUACCCACCGAAAUUCUCUACAAACAGGCCUUUGGGACAUGAGGAGACAAUAUGGGACGCCCUACUGUCUCUUCCAAGGAGCAGCCUUGAUGCAUAUCAACCACUCAUUAACCUCAGUCAUCUGUUUCAUGGCAAAACCGUUCCUGCAAUCGAUUACUACACUGCGAAACUCAACCUCUUGACAUCAAUGAUUACUGAGAACCGCUCAAAAGCUGCCACUGACUUUGAUCCUGUUUCCACCGCUUUCGUUACUUUCGCUGAUCCGGAGGACGCAAGAAGGGCUUGCAAAUAUCUGGCCGUACACCCUAAGAAUCCUCUUGACUGUUUGGUAACAAUGGCCCCGAUGUAUGAGGAUUUGGACUGGAUGAGAGUGAUGAAGUCCUCAUUCAAUGCAGAGUUUCUUAAGGAUUGGGUGGUAAAUAUAGGAGUUUGGGCUUUUACAUUCUUUUGGCUAUUUCCCGUUUCUCUUCUGGUCGGUUUGGUAUCUAUCCAAAACAUCAGUUUAUUUUGGCCUGGCUUGAAACGCUAUCUGGAUCGACAUCAAUGGGAGGAGGAAGUUAUUCAGUCUUUCAUACCCACUCUUCUGGUCGCUUUGCUCGCACUACUUAUUCCCCUCAUCCUUCUCCUCAUCGCCAAGAAAGUACACACGAUAACGACACUUUCCGCUCUUCACGACCAAAUGAUGACCCGUUACUACAAAUUCCUCAUCGUCAAUGUCCUUGUGUUCUUUUGUGUCGGAACGGCGGUUCUUCAAUCAUUUUUGCAAUCGUUCAGAUCUAUAAACCAGCCGAAUCUCCUUCACGUUGUUGCUGAUAGCUUCCCAACGGCCGGUCCAUUUUAUGUUGGAUGGCUCCUCUUCACGACCGCUAUGCACGGCGGAUUCGAGUUGGCUUUAUUUGGACUACCCCUGAUUCUAUACCCCUCGACAUCUCGUCAAGUUACCCCCCGGAAACGCGCCGUUGGCAUUCGGCCUCGCACUUUCAACUUUUAUUAUUGGCUUCCCAAUCACCUCCUUGUUAUCCAUGUUUUGCUGCUUUUUUCUGUUCUGAAUCCCUUUGUAUUACCUUUUGGAACUCUGUAUUUCUUCGUUCAAUCUGGGGUUGUCAAAAACCAGCUCAUACAUGUGUAUGCAAAGAACUAUGAGGGCAACGGCCAAUUGUUGCUCAUCCGGAUUGUCCGUUACUCCCUGGACGGCUUGGUUUUAUCUCAAGCCGUUUUUUUAGCCUAUAUGGUGGUCCUCAAGAAGGAUGCCAACGUGGCAGUCGCCGCAUGCUUAAUAGUCCUCACGGUUCUUUUUAAGCUACUAAUGACCCGGAUGUGCCGUGCUCAGUUUGAGGCCGACGAUAUCGCGGAAGCUGCGGUUCUCUGCAAUCGUUCUCCCGUUGACAUACGAAAUGAAGCCGAUCAAGACUCAGACGAAGCAGCAAAUGUCAAUGAACAAGAAGCAAAUAGAUUAAUCAAAUUCUCGCGUCGCGAUAACUCCGUUCUAACUUGGAAGUUACCUGCCUGGGUCAACUUUUCGUACAAAACCAUGCACCGCAGGCCCCAGUUUCCUCAACAGCGCCCACCUAAUCCUUUCCGUCCCCAGAACCAAACACUUCUGCCCCGUGACUCGUCCUCUCGCAAUCACGUCACAGAAGAAUGUCGCGAAGGACCGUCCACACAUAUUUCUCCUGAUGAUGCAUUUCCUUGGGAGAAACCCACAUCACAGUCAAGGGACGACACAAAAGUCAAGCAAAUCAACGCGACGUUGACCGAUAUCUCGGGACCUGUAAUAUCCCGUCCACCACCUAUACCUUGGGACGAUCAAGAAAAUGUUGACCUACCAUAUGACAAUCCAUUCUACACAAGAACAAUCGACAACUCAUUAUGGUUACCUCGAGAUCCCACGGGUAUCCUGGAUCUGGAUGAUACCGUUGAUUUGAAGAAGUCCAUUACAGUUGAAGUCUCUGCUGGUGCGUUGGGCACUUGGCUUGGUCUGGCAGAGACGUCGUCACCGGCUGAGCUUUCUGACACUUGGCGUCCAAAAACAUUGACACCCGAAGACCGUCCGACACUAACCCCACGCAUGCCAAGUAGUCCUCGUACGCCACAAAGUCUUCUUCAACGCCGUACAUCACUACCAGUCAUCGACGGUACUGAAGAAAUUGAUUUGCCGAUCGUUAUCGCGAAACGCGUGCAAGCAAAGGAGGAAGGUGUUGAACAGACGCUUCGGCCUCGUAAAUCCUCCAUUUAUCAUCGAAAGGGCAAUGUCACAGACAAAAGCAGCACCGCAUCAACACCUGGACGGCGUCGACCCAGCUUGCUCGAUCUGCCUACGACAACAAUUGGGUCGGACGGCAAUAUUGGUCGUGCGAGAUCUGGCUCAACCCUAUCAGCCUUGCAAAUUCCCGGACUUCAUCGUACGUUGACAUCGGCGAACACCGAGUUUGGUGAACGUCCCGACGCACAUGCCCAAGCCGACUUCGUUGCAGCAAAUGGUUCUGCAUCGCGGAUUUCGCUGGCACCACCAAAGGCAACUCGUUCCGGAAAUCUCUCUACGCAGCAAGCGAUCUUCCAUGAGCUUUUGGCAGAGGAACAACAGGAGUUCCAAGAUCGGGUGGAGGCAGAACAAGUUGAGACCAUCAAAGCCACGACGAACAAGUCGUGGUUGACGUCGUGGAUGUUCAAGAAGGCGAAGCGCGAGGAGUCGCCUGGCGAUGAGCCGGGGAGCGAGUGA